AUGGGUCGGUUGUUUCAGCCAACAACUCCUCUGCCCCCAGUAACAACCCCUGGACCAACUACACCUAAACCAAGUACAUCCAAGCCACCAAACCCCUGCCCUCCUAACGCAGAGUAUAUUGAGUGUGGUCCAGCUUGUAUUCCCACCUGUAUGGAACCCUCCACCAACUGUUCUGGCUCCUGUAUCAGUGGCUGUUUCUGCAAACCAGGCUUUGUCUUCAAAGGAAGUCGUUGUGUGCCACUGGAAAAAUGUGGCUGUUUAGAUGACCAAAAUAACUAUUAUGAGCCUGGUGAGGUUGUGUUUGGAGACGGCUGCACAAAGCUGUGUCACUGUGCAGGGAACUACACUUUGGAAUGUGUUGAUAAUUCCUGCGAUCCCACUGAAGAGUGUCGAGAGAUUAAUGGUGUUGCAGGCUGUUAUCCUAAAGGUACAUCCACUUGCAUAGCAUCUGGUGAUCCACACUACACCACUUUUGACAAACGCAAUUACAACUUCAUGGGCAACUGCAGCUAUCUGAUGUCUAGUCCAUGCAAUGACACAAGUGUGCCAUACUUUGAGGUCCAUGCUGACAAUGAAAAUCGGUAUAACACGCCAACCGUCUCAUAUGUGAAGGCUGUCCAUGUAUAUGCACACAUGAUGAAGAUCUCCAUUCUCAAAGGUGGCACUGUGCAGGUUAAUGGGACCAAUGUCAACCUGCCACUCUCCCCGGCCCCUGGUGUUUCUGUGUUCAAGUCAGGAAAACACUACACUGUCUCCAUGAACUUCGGUGUGACUGUUCGCUAUGAUGGAAACCACUUCAUGGACAUCAAAGUGAUCAAAGACUAUCAGAACAAGCUGUGUGGACUGUGUGGCGACUAUGAUGGAAAUACUAAAGAUGACUUCCGCAAACCAGAUGGAAGCUUGGCUGCCAAUGCCAAUGACUUUGGACACAGUUGGAACACGGAUCCCGAAUGUAAUAAGAAACCCAACACUACCAUCCCCGGGUGUGAUGAAGAAGACCGGGAACUGUAUGAAAGCUCUGGUUAUUGUGGCAUUCUGUUGGACAAAAAUGGCCCUUUUUCUGUGUGCCACCCAAAAGUCAACCCCAAUAAUUACUUCAAGGACUGUGUCUUUGACUUGUGUGAGCUGGAUGGAGCCAAGCCCAUUUUGUGUGAAGCCAUUGAAGCCUAUGUCAAUGAAUGCCAAGACCGUGGGGUCAGCAUUGGACAAUGGAGGAAUGAAACUUUCUGCCCACUAAGCUGCCCCCCCAACAGCCACUACGAACCCUGUGCAGAUCCUUGUCAGGAGACAUGUUUUGGAAGACCCCCCUCCUGCGCUGGUCCGUGCUCUGAGGCCUGUGUGUGUGAUCCCAGCUACGUCCUGAGUGCUGGCAAGUGCAUCAAGGAGGACUCGUGUGGCUGCAAGCACUCGAACGGUCAAUAUUAUGAGCCUGGAGAGGAGUUUUUUGAGGAAGACUGCAAGCAAAAGUGUCGGUGUGAUGCUGCCGGCAUUACCUGUGAACCCUCGGAAUGUCCCCCGAUGCACGAAUGUAAACUCCAGGAUGGAGAGCUGGGCUGCUAUCCCACUGGCUCCCAGGACUGUGUAGUCUCUGGGGAUCCUCACUACAACACAUUUGACAAGAAGUACUACAGUUUCAUGGGAACUUGUACUUACACGCUGGCCAGAACCUGUAGGAAUAGUACAGGUCCUUGGUUCUCUGUGGAGGGAAAGAAUGAGGAGAGAGGAGUUGCAGGAGUGUCAUACCUGAGAAAACUAUAUGUGACAGUGAAUGGAAUCACUGUGAUCCUGAUGAAGGCCAGGAGAACACUGGUGAAUGGACAACGGGUGGCUCUCCCCCACUCCCCCUCUCCUCUCAUGUCUGUUAGUCUUGCUGGUCAGUUCAUCACCCUUCAAACAUCUUUUGGCGUGAAGGUGCGUUGGGAUGGAAACCAUUAUGCCCAGAUCUCAGUUCCCAGCUCCUACUUUGACCAGAUGUGUGGCCUUUGCGGUGACUAUGAUGGGAACCCAGACAAUGACUUUACUAAACCCGAUGGCACCGUGGUAGGAAAUGCCAAUGAUUUUGGGAACAGCUGGCAGACAGAAGAAGAUGAAGAUGACUUCUGCACCCCAGGAACAAAGCCUGACCCGGACUGCGACCCCGACUUGGAGGCUGAAGUAGUAAAACCAGACAAAUGUGGUAAAAUUACAGACCCUGCUGGACCCUUCCGGGAGUGUAUCAAUGUAGUUAAUCCCACGCCAUUCUUCCAAAGCUGUGUGUAUGACAUGUGUCAGUUCAAUGGCCAGCAGCACGUGCUGUGUGACCAGCUCCAGGCCUACACUGACGCAUGCCAGAGUGCUGGAGCCAAAGUCUACCAUUGGAGGACUCCUGACUUCUGCCCCCUGGCCUGUCCUCCCAACAGCUCCUACUCCCUGUGCGUGAGUUCAUGUCCUGAGACAUGUCUUGGUGUGGUCGGACCACAUGGCUGUGAGGACGUCUGUGUGGAGGGUUGCGAGUGUAACCCUGGCUUCAUUCUCAGCGACGCCAAAUGUGUGGCACUGAGAGACUGUGGCUGUGUGGACACUAGUGGAACCUAUCAUCCUUUGGGUGAUGACUGGUACUUGGAGGGUUGUGAGCAAAAGUGUAUGUGUCACAGUGGAGGUCUGAUGCAGUGUCAUAACACCAGCUGUAACCCAGCCACUGAGAGCUGCCAACUACACGAUGGAGAAUAUGAAUGCCGCCCUCUGGACCCCUGCCCUCCUAACGCAGAGUAUAUUGAGUGUGGUCCAGCUUGUAUUCCCACCUGUAUGGAACCCUCCACCAACUGUUCUGGCUCCUGUAUCAGUGGCUGUUUCUGCAAACCAGGCUUUGUCUUCAAAGGAAGUCGUUGUGUGCCACUGGAAAAAUGUGGCUGUUUAGAUGACCAAAAUAACUAUUAUGAGCCUGGUGAGGUUGUGUUUGGAGACGGCUGCACAAAGCUGUGUCACUGUGCAGGGAACUACACUUUGGAAUGUGUUGAUAAUUCCUGCGAUCCCACUGAAGAGUGUCGAGAGAUUAAUGGUGUUGCAGGCUGUUAUCCUAAAGGUACAUCCACUUGCAUAGCAUCUGGUGAUCCACACUACACCACUUUUGACAGACGCAAUUACAACUUCAUGGGCAACUGCAGCUAUCUGAUGUCUAGUCCAUGCAAUGACACAAGUGUGCCAUACUUUGAGGUCCAUGCUGACAAUGAAAAUCGGUAUAACACGCCAACCGUCUCAUAUGUGAAGGCUGUCCAUGUAUAUGCACACAUGAUGAAGAUCUCCAUUCUCAAAGGUGGCACUGUGCAGGUUAAUGGGACCAAUGUCAACCUGCCACUCUCCCCGGCCCCUGGUGUUUCUGUGUUCAAGUCAGGAAAACACUACACUGUCUCCAUGAACUUCGGUGUGACUGUUCGCUAUGAUGGAAACCACUUCAUGGACAUCAAAGUGAUCAAAGACUAUCAGAACAAGCUGUGUGGACUGUGUGGCGACUAUGAUGGAAAUACUAAAGAUGACUUCCGCAAACCAGAUGGAAGCUUGGCUGCCAAUGCCAAUGACUUUGGACACAGUUGGAACACGGAUCCCGAAUGUAAUAAGAAACCCAACACUACCAUCCCCGGGUGUGAUGAAGAAGACCGGGAACUGUAUGAAAGCUCUGGUUAUUGUGGCAUUCUGCUGGACAAAAAUGGCCCUUUUUCUGUGUGCCACCCAAAAGUCAACCCCAAUAAUUACUUCAAGGACUGUGUCUUUGACUUGUGUGAGCUGGAUGGAGCCAAGCCCAUUUUGUGUGAAGCCAUUGAAGCCUAUGUCAAUGAAUGCCAAGACCGUGGGGUCAGCAUUGGACAAUGGAGGAAUGAAACUUUCUGCCCACUAAGCUGCCCCCCCAACAGCCACUACGAACCCUGUGCAGAUCCUUGUCAGGAGACAUGUUUUGGAAGACCCCCCUCCUGCGCUGGUCCGUGCUCUGAGGCCUGUGUGUGUGAUCCCAGCUACGUCCUGAGUGCUGGCAAGUGCAUCAAGGAGGACUCGUGUGGCUGCAAGCACUCGAACGGUCAAUAUUAUGAGCCUGGAGAGGAGUUUUUUGAGGAAGACUGCAAGCAAAAGUGUCGGUGUGAUGCUGCCGGCAUUACCUGUGAACCCUCGGAAUGUCCCCCGAUGCACGAAUGUAAACUCCAGGAUGGAGAGCUGGGCUGCUAUCCCACUGGCUCCCAGGACUGUGUAGUCUCUGGGGAUCCUCACUACAACACAUUUGACAAGAAGUACUACAGUUUCAUGGGAACUUGUACUUACACGCUGGCCAGAACCUGUAGGAAUAGUACAGGUCCUUGGUUCUCUGUGGAGGGAAAGAAUGAGGAGAGAGGAGUUGCAGGAGUGUCAUACCUGAGAAAACUAUAUGUGACAGUGAAUGGAAUCACUGUGAUCCUGAUGAAGGCCAGGAGAACACUGGUGAAUGGACAACGGGUGGCUCUCCCCCACUCCCCCUCUCCUCUCAUGUCUGUUAGUCUUGCUGGUCAGUUCAUCACCCUUCAAACAUCUUUUGGCGUGAAGGUGCGUUGGGAUGGAAACCAUUAUGCCCAGAUCUCAGUUCCCAGCUCCUACUUUGACCAGAUGUGUGGCCUUUGCGGUGACUAUGAUGGGAACCCAGACAAUGACUUCACUAAACCCGAUGGCACCGUGGUAGGAAAUGCCAAUGAUUUUGGGAACAGCUGGCAGACAGAAGAAGAUGAAGAUGACUUCUGCACCCCAGGAACAAAGCCUGACCCGGACUGCGACCCCGACUUGGAGGCUGAAGUAGUAAAACCAGACAAAUGUGGUAAAAUUACAGACCCUGCUGGACCCUUCCGGGAGUGUAUCAAUGUAGUUAAUCCCACGCCAUUCUUCCAAAGCUGUGUGUAUGACAUGUGUCAGUUCAAUGGCCAGCAGCACGUGCUGUGUGACCAGCUCCAGGCCUACACUGACGCAUGCCAGAGUGCUGGAGCCAAAGUCUACCAUUGGAGGACUCCUGACUUCUGCCCCCUGGCCUGUCCUCCCAACAGCUCCUACUCCCUGUGCGUGAGUUCAUGUCCUGAGACAUGUCUUGGUGUGGUCGGACCACAUGGCUGUGAGGACGUCUGUGUGGAGGGUUGCGAGUGUAACCCUGGCUUCAUUCUCAGCGACGCCAAAUGUGUGGCACUGAGAGACUGUGGCUGUGUGGACACUAGUGGAACCUAUCAUCCUUUGGGUGAUGACUGGUACUUGGAGGGUUGUGAGCAAAAGUGUAUGUGUCACAGUGGAGGUCUGAUACAGUGUCAUAACACCAGCUGUAACCCAGCCACUGAGAGCUGCCAACUACACGAUGGAGAAUAUGAAUGCCGCCCUCUGGACCCCUGCCCUCCUAACGCAGAGUAUAUUGAGUGUGGUCCAGCUUGUAUUCCCACCUGUAUGGAACCCUCCACCAACUGUUCUGGCUCCUGUAUCAGUGGCUGUUUCUGCAAACCAGGCUUUGUCUUCAAAGGAAGUCGUUGUGUGCCACUGGAAAAAUGUGGCUGUUUAGAUGACCAAAAUAACUAUUAUGAGCCUGGUGAGGUUGUGUUUGGAGACGGCUGCACAAAGCUGUGUCACUGUGCAGGGAACUACACUUUGGAAUGUGUUGACAAUUCCUGCGAUCCCACUGAAGAGUGUCGAGAGAUUAAUGGUGUUGCAGGCUGUUAUCCUAAAGGUACAUCCACUUGCAUAGCAUCUGGUGAUCCACACUACACCACUUUUGACAAACGCAAUUACAACUUCAUGGGCAACUGCAGCUAUCUGAUGUCUAGUCCAUGCAAUGACACAAGUGUGCCAUACUUUGAGGUCCAUGCUGACAAUGAAAAUCGGUAUAACACGCCAACCGUCUCAUAUGUGAAGGCUGUCCAUGUAUAUGCACACAUGAUGAAGAUCUCCAUUCUCAAAGGUGGCACUGUGCAGGUUAAUGGGACCAAUGUCAACCUGCCACUCUCCCCGGCCCCUGGUGUUUCUGUGUUCAAGUCAGGAAAACACUACACUGUCUCCAUGAACUUCGGUGUGACUGUUCGCUAUGAUGGAAACCACUUCAUGGACAUCAAAGUGAUCAAAGACUAUCAGAACAAGCUGUGUGGACUGUGUGGCGACUAUGAUGGAAAUACUAAAGAUGACUUCCGCAAACCAGAUGGAAGCUUGGCUGCCAAUGCCAAUGACUUUGGACACAGUUGGAACACGGAUCCCGAAUGUAAUAAGAAACCCAACACUACCAUCCCCGGGUGUGAUGAAGAAGACCGGGAACUGUAUGAAAGCUCUGGUUAUUGUGGCAUUCUGCUGGACAAAAAUGGCCCUUUUUCUGUGUGCCACCCAAAAGUCAACCCCAAUAAUUACUUCAAGGACUGUGUCUUUGACUUGUGUGAGCUGGAUGGAGCCAAGCCCAUUUUGUGUGAAGCCAUUGAAGCCUAUGUCAAUGAAUGCCAAGACCGUGGGGUCAGCAUUGGACAAUGGAGGAAUGAAACUUUCUGCCCACUAAGCUGCCCCCCCAACAGCCACUACGAACCCUGUGCAGAUCCUUGUCAGGAGACAUGUUUUGGAAGACCCCCCUCCUGCGCUGGUCCGUGCUCUGAGGCCUGUGUGUGUGAUCCCAGCUACGUCCUGAGUGCUGGCAAGUGCAUCAAGGAGGACUCGUGUGGCUGCAAGCACUCGAACGGUCAAUAUUAUGAGCCUGGAGAGGAGUUUUUUGAGGAAGACUGCAAGCAAAAGUGUCGGUGUGAUGCUGCCGGCAUUACCUGUGAACCCUCGGAAUGUCCCCCGAUGCACGAAUGUAAACUCCAGGAUGGAGAGCUGGGCUGCUAUCCCACUGGCUCCCAGGACUGUGUAGUCUCUGGGGAUCCUCACUACAACACAUUUGACAAGAAGUACUACAGUUUCAUGGGAACUUGUACUUACACGCUGGCCAGAACCUGUAGGAAUAGUACAGGUCCUUGGUUCUCUGUGGAGGGAAAGAAUGAGGAGAGAGGAGUUGCAGGAGUGUCAUACCUGAGAAAACUAUAUGUGACAGUGAAUGGAAUCACUGUGAUCCUGAUGAAGGCCAGGAGAACACUGGUGAAUGGACAACGGGUGGCUCUCCCCCACUCCCCCUCUCCUCUCAUGUCUGUUAGUCUUGCUGGUCAGUUCAUCACCCUUCAAACAUCUUUUGGCGUGAAGGUGCGUUGGGAUGGAAACCAUUAUGCCCAGAUCUCAGUUCCCAGCUCCUACUUUGACCAGAUGUGUGGCCUUUGCGGUGACUAUGAUGGGAACCCAGACAAUGACUUUACUAAACCCGAUGGCACCGUGGUAGGAAAUGCCAAUGAUUUUGGGAACAGCUGGCAGACAGAAGAAGAUGAAGAUGACUUCUGCACCCCAGGAACAAAGCCUGACCCGGACUGCGACCCCGACUUGGAGGCUGAAGUAGUAAAACCAGACAAAUGUGGUAAAAUUACAGACCCUGCUGGACCCUUCCGGGAGUGUAUCAAUGUAGUUAAUCCCACGCCAUUCUUCCAAAGCUGUGUGUAUGACAUGUGUCAGUUCAAUGGCCAGCAGCACGUGCUGUGUGACCAGCUCCAGGCCUACACUGACGCAUGCCAGAGUGCUGGAGCCAACGUCUACCAUUGGAGGACUCCUGACUUCUGCCCCCUGGCCUGUCCUCCCAACAGCUCCUACUCCCUGUGCGUGAGUUCAUGUCCUGAGACAUGUCUUGGUGUGGUCGGACCACAUGGCUGUGAGGACGUCUGUGUGGAGGGUUGCGAGUGUAACCCUGGCUUCAUUCUCAGCGACGCCAAAUGUGUGGCAUUGAGAGACUGUGGCUGUGUGGACACUAGUGAAACCUAUCAUCCUGUGGGUGAUGACUGGUACUUGGAGGGUUGUGAACAAAAGUGUAUGUGUCACAGUGGAGGUCUGAUACAGUGUCAUAACACCAGCUGUAAACCAACCACUGAGAGCUGCCAAAUGCAUGAUGGAGAAUAUGAAUGCCGCCCUCUGGGAAAUGGUAUCUGCUCAGUAUCUGGUGAUCCCCACUACACAACCUUUGAUAAACAGACCCACCAUUAUAUGGGUGCUUGCUCCUACACCCUGACCAAACCCUGCAAUGUCUCUUCUGGCUUGCCGUAUUUCACUGUGAACACCCAGAAUGAGCACAGAGGAAGUAAUAAGAAGGUUUCCUAUGUGAGGGCUGUGGUGAUCAUUGUGAAUGGUGUCACUGUAAUCCUUGGCAAGGGACGCACGGUCCAGGUCAACGGUACUGUAGUUGUUCCGCCUGUCACCUUCAUCAGUGGAGUUGAAAUCUACUUGAGUGGAAAGUUUGUUAUCCUGGAGACAUCCUUUGGUCUGAGGGUGCGUUUUGAUGGUAACCACCAUGCUGAUGUCACUGUGCCAAACUCCUACAAAGGUCUACUUUGUGGCAUGUGUGGAAAUUUCAAUCAGAACCCCAAAGAUGACAACUUGAAAGCAGACAAUACACUAGCUGCUAACACCAAUGAGCUGGGAGACAGUUGGCAGGUUGCUGACCCACGUCCUGACUGCACUGAUGGUACAGAAGAUGAAGCCUGUGAUAAAGAGGUGGAGGAGGAUGCCAAGAAGCCCACCAGCUGUGGCAUGAUCACUGAUCCCAAUGGAAUCUUUAAGUCCUGCCACUCCAUUGUACCCCCCGAGCCAUACUUCACAAAUUGUGUAUUCGACAUGUGUGCCACUGGAGGUCAGACCGUGGCUCUGUGCCAGGCCAUAGAGAGCUAUGCUGACAUAUGUGCUGCUGCAGGACUCCCCAUCGAAUGGAGAAACAAUACCUUCUGUCCUCUGAGGUGCCCCACAGGCAGUCAUUAUACCUCAUGUGGACCUGCCUGCUCUCAGCCCAGCUGUCAGAACCCUGCAGGCCCUGGUGGCUCCUGCAAUCUGCCCUGUGUGGAGGGUUGCAUCUGUGACACUGGCCUGAUCCUCAGUGGAGACAAAUGUGUCCCACUCAGCGAGUGUGGAUGUACUGAUGAUGAUGGAAUGUACAGGCUGCUUGGAGACACUUGGUUCACAGAUACUGACUGUUCAGAGCGCUGUAUGUGUUUUGGCAAUCACAACAUCACCUGCGAGCCUUGGCAAUGCAGCCCUGCACAAGAGUGUAAAGUGGUGGAAGGAGUACUAGGCUGUCACUCUAGAGGCAACGGAGUGUGUCAUGUAGCUGGAGAUCCACACUACUACACUUUUGAUGGUGUAAUGCAUACAUUCAUGGGAACCUGCACAUAUACUCUGGUGGAGGUGUGUAAUGCCACCCAGGUCACUCCCUUCAAAAUAGUGGCUAAGAAUGAGGAACGUGGCCAACCGGAAGCAUCCUAUGUUCGCUCUGUGAAAGUCUACCUGUCAUCUGACACUGUUGUUGAGCUGCAGAAGAGCCGCAGAGUUUUGUUGAAUGAACGGCGGGUGCGGACCCCAGUUUCCAUUGACUUGUUUGGAGCCAAAGUGAUAACCAGUGGAUCCUACAGUCUGCUGGACACAAACUUUGGUCUCCAGGUGAAAUUUGAUGGAGUGCAUCACCUAGAGAUCACAGUUCCUGGAGAAUACUAUGACAAGGUGUGUGGCAUGUGUGGGAACUACAACCAAAACCCAUCUGAUGAUAAUCUGAUGCCCAACAAGAAACCCGCUAAGGAUGUCAUUGAACUGGGCAACAGCUGGAAAUCCGAUGGAGACAGUGAUGCCGGUUGUCAGCCAGACACUCGUCCGGACAUCCACCCAAACUGUAACGCAGAAGAAGAGAAGCUGUUCGAGGCUCAGUGUGGUGAGGUCAUUCUCUCCGAUCGCUUCAAGCCCUGUCACUCUCUAGUGCCCCCUGAGGUUUUUCUGGGUAACUGCAUCUAUGACAUGUGUGAGUAUGAUGGCAUGCAGGCUACACUCUGUGACAAUGUGGAGGCGUAUGCUCAGGUCUGUCAGAGCGCCGGAGUCACCAUCAGCUGGAGAAACAGCACCUUUUGCCCCCUGCCCUGCCCUCCUAACAGCCACUACUCAGACUGCACAGCCCCUUGCCCCCCCACAUGCUCUGACCUUUUCCCUGUCUUCUGCCACCUUCCUCCAACUACCUGUGUCGAGGGCUGCCAGUGCAAUGCUGGCUACGUCCUUAGUGACGGCAAAUGUGUUUCUCUGGACCAGUGUGGCUGUCUGGACUCAAACAGAGAGUACCACGAUGUGGGAGACUUGUGGCUAACAGAUAAAUGUAGUGAGUCAUGUACCUGUAACCCUGGAGGGGAAAUUACAUGUGAGGACCACAGCUGUAACUCUAACUCAGUGUGUGCCCUGGACAAGUACGGAAACCUGUACUGCAAACCCAUCAAGUUUGAUAAGUGCAGCAUCUCUGGGGAUCCUCACUACCAAACAUUUGAUGGUUUCAAACAUCACUUCCAAGGUCCCUACACCUAUGAACUUACUUUGGGCCACAACUUGCCAAGCUACAUGACACCCCUGGUAGUGAGGGGAAAGAACAUUAGACGUGGAGGGAACAAGAGGGUAUCAUUCCUGGACCAGAUGCACAUUGAUGUUUACGGUGUCAAUGUUAAGUUCCUGCAGAAGAAGACUGUCCUGGUGAAUGGGGAGCGUGUAGCACCUCCCCUCACACCAGUUGAUGGUUUGAUCAUUACAAUGAACUCCAGGGAUGUCCAGCUCACCACUGACUUUGGACUAACUGUACGCUUUGAUGGCAACAGUCGAGGAGAAAUCAUACUUCCCAGUACUUAUAAGAACUCUGUCAGAGGACUAUGUGGGAACUAUGAUGGCAUCACCAGUAAUGAGUACAUGAAGCCAGACGGAAAAGUGGUCAGGGAUCUGAAUGAAUUUGGAGAAAGUUGGAGGGUCAGUGACCGACAGGGUGAUGGACUUAGGAUCUCAAACCUUCCUAUUACUGUCCAUGCCAUCAGGCGAGAGGUGGAAACUGAUCCAGAUUCAGGAUUUGAAGUAUCAGACUGCUCUCAGUCAGAGCUUAAUGACUACAACAGCGUGACUCAGUGUGGAGCUCUGUCUGAUUCCAAUGGGCCAUUUGCUGCCUGUCAUGCCACUCUGCCACCCAAAAACUACCAGGAUGACUGUGUGUUUGACCUGUGUGCUGAGAGUGGCAGUGCAGCUCUGCGCUGUGCCAGCUAUGAAGCGUAUGCUGCAGCUUGUCAGGAGGCUGGAGUUUCAUUAGGAUCCUGGAGGCAGGAGCUGGAUUGUGUGCUCUCUUGUGCUGCCAACAGCACUUACUCCCCCUGUAUGUCACCUUGUCCUUCCUCUUGUGCUGACCUGGCAGCACCCUCUGAGUGUGAAACCACUUCCUGUAUGGAAGGGUGCCAGUGUGCCGGUGGCUUUGUCAUGAGUGAGGGAAUUUGUGUGCCAUAUAGACAGUGUGGCUGCACCUUCCUCAACAGAUACUACCCUCUGGAAGAGAAGUUUGUGACUGAGGACUGCUCUCAAUCUUGUGAAUGUAGCAAUACUGGUGUUGUGUGCCAGCCCAAGACCUGCCCGGACAAUUAUGUCUGCACCAUCUACAACUUCAAACGUGACUGCUAUAAAGCAAGUCCCUGCCUUAGUACCCCCUGUUUAAAUGAGGGAACAUGUCAGGACUCUGGCAGCAACACAUACACCUGUGUAUGUGCAGAAGGCUUUGAAGGCACAAACUGUGAGAUGGAGAUAAUACCACCCUCAGGAGGACUGGGUGUUCCAUAUACAAGCAUGGAUAACCAGAAAGAGGAGAAAGUCACUGCUAUGUGA